AUGCCAGCCUCAGCCCACUACACACUGAGCUUCAGGGCCAUAAGCCCCUCCUGGCCUCUGCUAGGGCACCCCAGGCACCUGGCACUCCCCAUCGUCUCCUGCCCACCUCUGGAUUCUAAUCCCAAUGCUGCCCCUACAGGAGUCCUCCCAAGCCAGUGUGAGAAGCUGCCCUUCCCUGGCACCCUGUACCUGCCCUCCUAUGACACUUUCUGGGUGGUGAAGAGCUGGGAUCUAGAGCCAAGUUUGGGAGACGGUGUGACCCCUUUUUCAGUCACUUCUUACGGGUUCGGGGGAUUGGCUUCCCUUCCCUCCAGCUGUGAAGUGGAGCAGUGGAAUUCGGAUGAUCCCAUCCCCAGAAAGAAACUGGAGGAAAGCGUGGCGGGGGCCCAUGGCUUGCUCUGCCGUCUCACUGACCGUGUGGACCAGAAACUUCUGGAUGCUGCAGGAGCCAACCUCAGAGUCAUCAGCACCCUAUCAGUGGGGGUUGACCACUUGGCUUUGGAUGAAAUCAAGAAGCGUGGGAUCCGGGUGGGCUACACGCCAGGUGUCCUGACAGAUGCCACCGCUGAACUUGCCGUCUCCCUGCUACUCACCACCUGCCGCCGGCUGCCAGAGGCCAUAGAGGAAGUGAAGAACGGCGGCUGGGACUCUUGGAAACCCUUAUGGAUGUGUGGCUAUGGACUCUCGCAGAGCACUGUUGGCAUUGUGGGGCUAGGGCGCAUAGGUCAGGCCAUUGCUCGACGACUGAAACCAUUUGGUGUCCAGAGAUUUCUCUACACGGGGCGCCAGCCCAGGCCUCAGGAAGCAGCAGAAUUCCAGGCAGAGUUUGUGCCUAUUGCUCAGCUGGCUGCAGAGUCAGACUUCAUUGUGGUAUCCUGCUCCUUGACACCUGCUACCAGGGGGCUCUGCAGUAAGGAGUUCUUCCAAAACAUGAAGAACACAGCUGUCUUCAUCAACAUCAGCAGAGGAGAUGUGGUAAACCAGGACGACCUGUAUCAGGCAUUAACCAGUGGUCAGCUUGCAGCAGCAGGACUGGAUGUGACCACUCCGGAACCACUGCCUCCAAGCCACCCACUGCUAACCCUGAAGAACUGUGUGAUCCUGCCCCACAUCGGCAGUGCUACCUACAAAACUCGCAACACCAUGGCCUUGCUGGCAGCUAACAACUUGCUGGCUGGCCUAAGAGGGGAGACGAUGCCCAGUGAACUCAAGCUGUAGAGGGGCUUUCAUGGGCUGGAGACAUCUUGCUGGACUUUGGACUCGGGAAAGAGCCUGGUGGAAGCCUCCUCUACUGCAUCUUCAGGGGGACAUGGGAACUGGCAAAAGGGCUUGCCGCUUUGGGGACUUGCCAUAUCCAAGCCAAAAGCCUGUAAUUGUAGCAUUAAAUAAUUUCUGACACAGCA